AUGUCUCAAAAAACUUAUCUUACACAACAAAAGUUUAGUAAAACUUUUCUCUAUCCUAAUCCCACAAAUUUAUAUCAAUAUUAUUGCAAUGCAUUUGCUUAUAGUGAGCUUAUCAAUACAUAUCAAGAAACCAAGCCAGCUAAACAAAAAAUCAUGGAAGACGCAAACCUCAACUUGGCUGAUUCAACACCUCAACAACAUAAGAUUGAUUCGCAACAAUCGCCAUCUACACCUUCAUCAUCUACAUCUAAUUUUUCCCUUGUAGGCAUGUCACCUGAUCAACUUAAAUUGUUUACACCAGGUGGAACCUCAAAAAAUGCUGCUGCUCAACGUCAAGCUAUUUUGGACAUAGAAUUAGCACAAAAAAAAGUUUCUGAAUUUAGACAAUUGAUCACCAUGACCACUGAUGAAGAACUGGCAAAAGACCUAUAUACAAAGAUUCAGCACGCUGAAAAUAAUAUAAUUGAAAAUCAAAGAAGAUUAAAAAGAUUAAAAAGUGGUGCAGAGGCUCAAGAAAGAUUCAGGCAAAAAAGACAAAAGCGAUUAUCAGAUUCACCUGGCAGUGUUAGAUCUGGUGCUGAAUCAAUUGAAUUGAAUAAUGGGGAUGGAAGUUCAAUGUUUCAAGAGUCUACUGCAAGUAUCGAUUUAGGAUAUGCUUCUACAAUAGAAUCUGUUAUUGAUGAAAUAAGUGAAGAGUUACGCACAAUAAGUCUUGGUGUAUUUAUUAAAUUUUAA